GAAGACAUCUCCCCGAAGAGAAGGAAGCUUGCGAUGGAGCUUUAAGAAAUGAAAGAGCUUCUGCCUAAUCGGAGAGAAAGUGUUCACUCAGUUGAGUUGAAUAUUUGAGAAGCAACUCAACAAAAGAAGCAUUGUUUGCCGGUAUACAGGCUCAUUGUAGUUUAUGCAAUAGCCCCACUAUUGGUUACUGGCGGCUCGCGGUUCAUUGAAAACCAGGGACAGAGCUUUUGUAAUCCUAGAUGUAGCCAAUUAAACCGGCUGCAGCAACCACUUGGCUGAGCAGUCUGCGUCCUAAUAUGUGAAGAGGAAAGUCCAGCUUCUCUGCAUCCAGUCAGGGAGGGAGAUGGUGAUGUGCAGAUUAUAGGAGGGCAGCCGACACAGCCCAAAGUAGAGGCAAGUGGAGCAGGAUCAAAACCGCGUCAUUGGGUGUUAAGUUGAGGUGCUUUUAAGUUCAUUCAUUUUAAUCCAGAUCUCCCAGGGCUGCUUACCAAGUGCCUACCCUUUGCGUUCAGACCGCUGGUAACACGAGACACUUUCGCUUGAGAAUCUACGAAAGAUAUUUCGAAGACAGAGGAAAUAAAUAAAAAAAAUGCCAACCAAUGGGAUACACCAAAUUCUCAAGAUCCAGUUCGGCUUGAUCAAUUCUGAUAACAAGUAUCUGACGGCAGAAGCUUUUGGCUUCAAAGUUUAUGCCUCAGCUCCGAGCCUGAAGAAAAAGCAGAUAUGGACUUUAGAGCAGGAUGAGACGGACAGCUCGGUGGUCUACCUCAAAAGUCACCACUUAGCCAGAUACCUGUCUGCCGACAAAGAUGGGAAUGUGUCGUGUGAGGCUGAAAAACCAGAAGGUGAUUGCCGUUUUACUAUAACUGCACAGUCUGAUGGCAGGUGGGCCCUCCAGUCCGAUGUACACAAGAGAUUCUUUGGAGGUUCUGAAGACAAGCUGUCAUGUUUUGCACAAACCAUUACGGAGACAGAGCUCUGGGCUGUGCAUUUGGCCAUCCACCCACAAGCUAACCUACUUAGCGUCAGCAGAAGAAGGUACGCACACUUGAGCCCUCAGGAAGAUGAAAUCUCCACAGACAGUAAUAUACCAUGGGGUGUAGACUCCCUCAUCACCCUGGUGUAUCAGGAUAAAAAGUACUGCUUGAAAACUUGUGACAAUAGGUACCUACGAAAUGAUGGGAAGUUGGUUAAGGAUCCUGAUAACGGCACAGGCUACACUUUGGAAUUCAAGGCAGGGAAGUUGGCCUUCAAAGAUUGUAUUGGGAAGUAUUUGACACCCAUGGGGCCUACAGGAACACUGAAAUCUGGGCGGAGCUCCAAACCUGGCAAAGAUGAACUCUUUGAUCUUGAGGAAAGUCACCCACAGGUUGUGUUCAUGGCAUCCAAUAGAAGAUACAUCUCUAUCAGACAAGGUAUAAACGUCUCUGCCAACCAAGACGAGGAGACGGACUAUGAAACCUUCCAAAUGCAGAUCAAUAAGGAAACCAAGAAGUGUAGUUUCCACACCAAUUCUGGCAAAUACUGGACCCUUGUGAGUCACGGUGGAAUCCAGUCGACAGCCACUGAAAUAGCUGCCAACACAAUGUUUGACAUUGAAUGGAGAGGCCGGAGAGUCGCCCUGAGAGCCAGUAAUGGGAAGUAUAUCUGUACCAAGAAGAACGGGCAGCUGGCAGCCGUGUGUGACUCAGUUGGUGAAGAUGAAGAGUUCACACUCAAGCUGAUAAAUAGACCGAUCCUGGUCCUACGCGGAGAUCUAGGGUUUGUCUGCUACCAUAAAACCUCAAAUACACUGGACGCGAACCGAUCAUCAUAUGACGUCUUCCAAAUCAUCUUCAAUAAUGGAGCAUAUCAAAUUAAAGGUCAAGGUGGGAAGUUCUGGUACAUCUCCAGUAAUGGCACAAUUUGCUCUGACGGAGACAUGUCCGAGGAUUUCUUCUUCGAGUUUCGAGAAUAUAACCGCGUGGCCAUUAAGGGCAAAAAUGGCAAAUAUCUACGUGGGGACCAGGCGGGCACCCUAAAGGCUGAUGCAGAAUCUGUGAUCGCUGCCACUCUAUGGGAAUACUGAGUCACCAGUCACCACAGCUUAGGUCUAGAGGACAUUAGAUGAUCUGCUUUGAGGGCAAAGUUCAUAGACUGGCAAAACAAGUGGGACCAUAGAGAGGUGACCAGCUUUUAAUUUGUGGUUCACAGUGUCCCAUGGACACAAUGGCCCUCCUCAGACAUCAUCCCACUAGGAUUAUGGGAAAUGCAUGUAAUUAUUUUAAGAUCAAUUUAAUAUAAUUUAGCAUAGUUUUAGAUAUGUAAGUAGCUUCCGGCACAUGAUCUAGAGGGACCAAAAUUAUAGGAGACGGACACGUGCUGGACAACUGCAGCAAUCACCCACUAUGCAGAGUGGCCACCAGUGCAGCCCCACAAGGGGUUAACAGCACCCGGGGCAGAACGACAUGAAGACAAAAGAGCUCAGACCAAGCGGCCCUCCUUCUGGACAAUGGAGGGUGCGGCGCCCUUUUAUACCAUUAUUACAUGAGGUGCUGCUGCAUUCACUCACAAAAUCAAUAAAGAUGAAUUUGUUGGCAAGUCCAUGAAAGGGGUGUAAGAGUG